GACUGAAGGAACCGACAUGUAAUUGUGAAAUAAAAAUGCUAUGCCGCAUCACAGGAUCGCUGCUGAGCCACGGAAAGGAUACGUGUACGACGGAAAGAACGUCAUAGGCGCGUACACAUGAAAGUGAAUACCGAAAUAGUGACGCCAACAAUCAAUGCGAUCGUGAUUAAGGACAAGGGCUAACCCUGAGGAGAAUACUGUGUACACUGUGAACAGGGGGCAAAAAAUCGCUGAUGACGAUAUGAAUGAGAGCCUUGUGAACGUUCAAAAACAACGCUGAGACAAAUUGAUGUGGCAGGUCAAUAGCUGCAAGUGAGAUCUUAAUUCAGGACUAUACAUUUUCGUCAGUUAAUCAUGUAAUAAAACCUUAAGCAAAUCAGUAUUAGACAAAACAUGGAUAAACAGUUAAGGCAGCAUUAUCAAGCAUGACCUAGGAAGUACUUAACAAAUGUGACGAUGCUGUCGUGGUAAUGGUGCGAAAUUCGACCAAAAGUGAGGUUAGCGGUCGUACGGCGCAGAUCCUGGUGGAAUUAUAGAUAUGGCGUGAUGUUCUGCUGCAUCAUUGAGCUCGAUCAGCUAUUGUACGACGGGUUUUGAUGUGCAACUGUUCGACGGCGGACGUGCUCGUCGCGGAUGACUUCUCCGUGACAGGUGUGGAGAUCAACGCUUCAGCGAGCGGCGGUGCGUUCAGUGGAAUCGCAACGGGAGCUGACGGAAGCACAGGCCAGGGAGCAGUAGGCUUGGUAGGAGGGGCAGACUCGAACGUUCUGUUCUCUCCAGAGACAAGUCUCUGUCUUUUCAUAGCCUACACAUUUGUAUUCUGUUGCUGCUUUUUCGGGAAUCUAUUGGUUAUCCUGGUGGUGUGUCUGAACCGUCGAAUGCGAACAACGACCAACUUCUUCCUGGUUAAUCUAGCCAUAGCCGAUUUAUGCGUGGGGACAUUUUGUGUUUACCAAAACAUAUCGCUUUACCUGAUGGAGAAAUGGAUUUUUGGUAACUUCCUCUGCAAGAUGUAUCACUUCGUGCACGGCAUGAGCUACACGGCAUCAAUACUCAUCCUAACGGUUAUUUCGGUCGAACGCUAUCUUGCCAUCUGUCACCCGAUGUGGAGUAAACGGGUGAUCACAUUAAACAGGUUACGAAUCGUGGUUUGUUUCGUAUGGCUUAUCGCUGCGGCAUAUUCAUCGCCGAAACUUAUUAUAUACGGUGUCAUUAGGUACGACAUCGAGGACCAGCCGGGAGAGUUGUGCGUCAUGAGGCGCGAGCGAAAGUCGUCCUAUCAUCGCAUGCACAAAAUCUACGAUCUUAUCAAUUUUAUCGUCUGUUUUGUAGUCCCACUAGCUAUUAUUAGCGUUCUCUAUACCUUCAUUUGCUUGCGACUGUGGAAAUCGCAGGAUAUGUUGCGCACAAUACAGCCUAAAAAUGAGACUGCAGACGGCAAAGCUACCCUUAUUGCAACAGGUACAACGCUCAAAGGUGCUCAAGUGACACUGACGAUUACCAAUGAUUCCCAGCAAGCGAGUCUUGACGACAAGGAGAUCUCUCAGAGUAUCGGUAGCACUCUCGCCAUUGAAAAAGGUCAACACGUACUGGCUACACCUACGCAUUCCUCUCAAGUACAUCGGGAGUCUCUUUCGGAAUUGCCAUCGUCACUCAGUCAGCCAUUAGCUCAGCAGGAAGUACAGGUCAACGGCAGAACACUCGUAAUCACACCGCCUCCUACGUCAUCCCGAUCUUUGUCGCCGACAUCAUUGUCCCGUUUUCGAUUUCGUUUCUGCUCAGCGUCACUGUCGUUGAAUCGACAGGUUUCACGAGAUUCUCCUACAGUGACCGAGCAUCGUAUUCGUACGUCGUACGGCAGCAGCCAGCGUUCAAACGCAUCAAUCACCAUCCUUCGAGCACGCCGCAACGUUAUUCGGUUGCUUGUGGUCGUCCUUUUAUGCUUCGCCGCCUGUAAUCUUCCCUUCCACGCACGUAAACUUUACCAGAACUGGGGCUCAUCGUAUGACGGCGCCCGACUGCCGUACGUCGUCAUGACAAUGGUAACUCAUCUUAUUCUCUACCUGAAUUCGGGUAUCAAUCCAUUUAUUUAUGCGCUCUUUUCACGCAAUUUUCGUCAGUGUAUGCGGGACGUGCUGCUAUGCAGUAUCCCAGCACUGAAGGGGAAUACGACCACGGCGACGCAGCUUGGCACCUUUUCGACUAACGGUCACCUUUUCGAUGAACGGCGUCGAAGUCGUUUGAAUCCAGACAAGCAAGAAACUCAUCAGCCUUCACGAAGAACGAGUUUCACAUCUCAGACAUUUGUUUGUCGCAGGGGUUCCUCGGUCGAAACGAAUCGAACAUCGAGAAGCAGCACUAAGAACUCAUCUCAGAACGUUUAGUUGCUCAUACGUAAGAACACUACAAUAGCCUCGAGUAGCUUGUAAAUAGGCAUAUCGUUGCGUUGGAAAACAUUUCGUCCAGUUACUUGAUGGCAUUCACUAGGCUGUGUAAUAUAUUACUCAUACAGAACUUAGCAGUAGAUCGAGUAUACGAAUUGGCAAUUUCUGCUAAACUAAUUAGGUAACCAUGCCCUCCGAAGCUAAACAGGUCGUUGAUUAGUUGAAGUUAUGAAGUGCAAACAGAGAGGGAAAAAGAAAGCACAGGCAAUGUAUAUAUGUUUGAAAAAACGACGGUGUUUUUUGACAGGGCCGUAAGCGUACAAGCUCGGUACACUUAACUGAACAGCCAUCUGACUGAUAAUAAGUUACAUAUACGCUAUAAUUCCACAGUCUGAAAAUAGACAUACAGUUACAUAUCUUAAAAUGUGACUAUUUACUCUAAGCUUUGCAUUGUACACAAUAGAAGAUAAACAAUUUUUUCAUUUUCACUAAAUUACACCUAUAUUCUAAAUAGCUUUUUUAAACCUUAUGUCCUUUUUAAACCUUAACAUGUGACGACUGUCUUAUAGCGUUUCUUGUUUUUAUAGGUUUGUUUUUUCUUCUUUCAAUUGGUAUAGCGUUCGCUAUAAUUAUGCAGCUUUAGGUUUGUGACAACGCUCAUUUUCAGCACCCUUGUCGAGGGCUCCUAUUAUCAGUUGGCUGAUGUUGAGUGCUAAGGCGCUAUGUGUCGAUUAAAAUAUCUUUAUAUAAAAUGUAAAAAAGAAAACGAUAAUUCCAUACAAUAUUAUAACACAAACUCAUAGUCUAGAACGCUAGGUCAACGGCACUGUUGAAAAUAGCGGAUAUAGGAACUUUGCAUGCGAUCUGUAUUGCAAUGAAGACCUUCUCCGACCCGACAACACAUCAUAUUCAUUACCGUUUUUUUUGCAUAUGGCUCCCUCUCGUACCCUUUUAGAGUACAUGCACAUUUGGAAUUAGGAAGAAAAAUAAACUUUGAUAUUGCGCGUUAAAAAAAUAGAGUAGAUAACUUGGAAAAAAUUGUCAGAAACGAUCACCUUUCUGGUGAAUCAAUAUCUCGAGUCUCUUUCAGCUUUGCGAACUUUCCGUACAAGACACGGGGUGCAAGAAUUGGCCAUUUUGUCCCUGGUGCUAAUUCCUCGUUUGUCAUAAAUACGUUUCGAAUCAAUGUUUCAAAUCUCCGUGCUUACUGAUUAAUUUGGGUCUUCUCAACAUGAAUGUUAUAUUACCAGGUAUAUUUGCAACUCGCUUAGGUACUGUUACUGUCAAUAUAGCCAACCCGUCGCGAUCGGAUUUCGAGAACACUGAUAACAUAGUACGUACACAAAAAAGAAAAACAAAAAAAAAGGUUAACUGAUAUUAGCUAGGUUAGAUAGGUUGGUGAAGGAAUACAACGUCGACGCUGAAGUUAACCUAAAUCGAUUUGUUACAGUAAGCCACAAAUAUAUUUUCAUAGCCAAUUGCUUCUGUAAGACGACCGUGUCAGCGGGCAUCUGUUCUUCAAAGUGUGCUUCGCGCGCUUGACGUCAAGCUCAUGAUACAGAAUCGAAACUUACUUGUUGUUAUUGUUGUUGUUGUUGUUAAGUUAUUUUCAAGCAUUUGAAGUCGAAAAGUAUUGGAUAAUCGAAUCAGCAUUGUAACUGAUCAUUUUUUAAUGCACAGCCUCGUCUGCGGGUUAAUAAUCACGCCUCGAAAUAGCUUAUCUGAGCGACCCAGGUAACUUUGUGCUUGUAUCGUGCAGACAUCUACAUCCGUCUUCAUGUUUACCCGAUCGGUAGUAGGCAAGAGAAUCCACUGGAAGUGAAUUCGACGCUAGCGCUAGAGGUCGCUUCGGAUGCCGAUCUAACUAACCGACAAUAUCAACUGGCCCGCUACGACUAUUUGAUGGGUCAUGUCAGUCUGCUAGCCGGUUACCAGCGUCGCGCCUGUCUUACAAUGUCUGAUCGUUCUAUCUGGGCAUACGCGUCGGCCUACGGGUUUCAGCUAAGGUACAUGUCAAAAAGUAGGAACAUUCCCAAUACGAAUGAUAUCAAGCUAACGAAGAGACUUGACGAUGAAAGCACGCUUGGUAGUGGGUUCGUGGUACAACAUCGAUUAUAGUCACUUAGAGCUCAAGGUCUCGGUUGAUGACCAAACCGGGACGCUAUUCAUGUCAAGUGGAGUCGACGAUCGACAGAUCUUUCUACUCGGCUACCCCAACAACUACAAUUCGGCCCCCAAUUCAUCAGCUGAGCGCUAACAAUUGAUCUCCUCGAUAUGGGGCUAUCCUGCUUCAUGGGCACAUUGCGUUGUAUAUAUGAUGCCUACGAGGCCCUGUAAAAGUGUACAGAUUAUCGAAUAACGAACGAAGGCAAAUACCUGGCAGUGUAAAUAGUUACUUUGUUCUAUUAAUGACUUGUACCAGCUGGCUAGACUAAGGUAUCCUAUGAAUGUAGCUAGCAAGUCAAAUGAAUGGCUUUCAACUCUAUUCAAUAACAUUGCUCGGUGGCCAUUUAAGCUUGGGUUGCAGCUGCGGAUGAGUGUUUUAAUUUUUUUUACUUAUUUUAGACAGCAUAUUGAAUUAAAUUUGUGUGCAUUUGUCUACGGUCACCAAUCAUUACUUUGUUUAUUCCCUUCUGUCGUCUGCUACAUGCAAACACUUAAUAAUUUCUUUUUUUUUUUCCUGUCACAUGGUAGAGGACCUUCACAGUAAAUUUACCUGAUCAGAAAACGCUUGCAAAUCGUACCACUAAACAACACCUCAGCGUCAAACACGCGACGAUUUUUUUCUCGACCUCAUUUGUACUUCGAAACUUAACUGAUACCUUUAUUUGAAUGCGUUCUCAUAAACAUCGAAUGGCAUCCAUAAUCAAGGAACUAUUCCCUUCAAAUCAGACUGACGCAUAACACACAUCUAGGUCUUGCAGUGUUUCAAGCUGAUUUUAUCAGUUGGUAGUAUUUACCACAGGACUCGCACACGUUUGCGGUUACCAUUCACGUGUAAAGCUCCACAGGAUUUUGAUGAUGUGACAAUGAAGAUCUGUGAUGUAAAUAGAAAUCACUACCGAUUAAUAAAAUAAGGUACGUUGCUGUCAAUGUUAAGUAGACUCGUUGUUUAUGAGUACGUUUACAGCGCGAUAGGAACAAGGAUUUUUUCGACGACAUGUCUCCCGUACAGAUAGCUUACUUUACAAAUGACCUUUUAUACCGCCCUAGAGAACUGAAUUGUAUCUUCCUUUAGACAAAAUCGAUUAUUUUUGAUAAUCCCUUGUAAAAUGUAUACAACAUUCUCGGUUGUUAGUAUACCAUAUAGCUUGCACUGGUCUAGCUCUUCUAAGACCUCUACCCCGCAACGAAGCUAUACCGAUCAGUUCGCAGUGUAUUGGCAGUGUACAUGUGCUAUAUACUCAGUGCAAUAUUACCUUCCUUUCAUUAUACAACUCCAUAUGCUGAAACGCAAAUAAAUCGAACACAGUCAACAGGCACCCCUACACGGACAUCACAUCUUCAAAUGUAUAGAUACUUGUGUGCGCUGAGCGAAGUCUUUAGGUACAUCUGUAAUUGGUAAAGUUGUAAACAUGUAAAGCACUAGAGCUAAUGUAAAUA